AAUUUGACCACCAGUUUUAAAGAUGACUGCUCCUCUGGCUUUAAGCGAGCAAAACCUUAUAUCAUGUUGCAAAGUUUCCCACGAUACUGUCAGUGAUUGUCUCACUAAAGUAUUCGAAAUGUUUAAAUUUAUUGGGAACACACCAUUGCCGAUUGGAAAUUUAAUGAAUACUGUACAAGCUUUCGAUGAACGAAAACGAAAAUGUGUCGAUACUAUUCAAAAUAUAUCGAGAAUGAUGAGGCGCGUGAAAGUUUAUUAUGAUAAAAUUGAAGAAGAAACAAGAAAUAUGCCUCCGCUUUCCAUUCAGGAUCAACAAUUCAGAGAUGACUUUGAAAUGAUGGAAAGUAAAAAAAUGGAAAAAGAUCGUUUAAUUCAACAAAUAAGAAAGAAAAAUGAAGAGCUGAAAAAGAUUAUUGACUUGGAAAGAAAAUUCAUAUGGGAACUAUGCCUAAUUAAUAAAGAUAUAUCUCCAGGGAAACCAACAUUUUCGAAAAAAAAUUCUAGCGCUGAAAAUUUAUUCAGAAUUGUUACGAUGUCCAAAAAUUCAGUAACGAACGAUUGGAUUUCUCAAAUUCGAGAUGCUGAAAAAACACUUUUAAUUCAAGAUUGUAGGUAUAAGUUUCAUUUCUCAUUUAAAAAUGGUUUGGAGAUAGCGGAAGACUACGAUAAAAGGAAACAAUGUUUAAUUGAAAGAAAGAUCAGAAAACCGGGAUCUCUAACGGGUGAAAGGAAAUGGGAAUACGAAAUUGGUGAAAGUCAGGCAAUGAGAAGCAUACAAAGUGAAGAAAUUAUGGUCAGUUUCAUGCAGCCGGUCUUUUUAAGACAAGACACAAAAGAAGCCUUUCAGUGGAGAAUUAGAAAUUUACCAUAUCCUCUCGAUGUCUACGAUUGCAGAGUGAAUGAUAAUCAAAAGGAGAUUACCCUUCGUACGUCCAAUAAAAAAUAUUUUAAGAAGUUUUCGAUAACUGAUAUGCUAAGAGUUGGAAUACCACUCAAUCAAGAAUGUCUUAAAUUAGCACAUGCAAACAACACACUGAUAAUAUCGGUAUAUGUUAAACCGAAAGAAUAUUUAGAAAUCGAAAAAUUGAUCCAUGCCGAACUGAGAAAAGUUAAACCGAUGAAUGGAAAUUGUAAUCAAUCAUAA